AUGAGUUCCGCCGGCCGCAAAUUCUCGGUGAGCAAAGGUCCGAGCGCAAGCGAAUUGAAUUCCAAGAUCCAUCGCCAAUUCCGCAAUGCUCAUGAGGGACAUCGGCCACAUGCCGGCCUUGACCCCAGCAGGGCCAGCACUGGCGUAGUAUGGUGCACGGAGAGAGCCACCGAGCAUGGCUUUCAGGACGACCCUACACAGUGGGCCAACCUGGGGCAAGGUGCACCUGAAGUCGACGAUGAUAUCGAAGGAAGCUUUGAACGCCCUAAGACCAUCGAGGUGUCUAUGGCUGGCCGAGAGUAUGGUCCAACGGCAGGUAUCAAGCCACUGAGAGCUGCCAUCGCCAAUCUGUACAACGCACACCAUCGUCAGGGCAAAGACAGCAAGUAUACCUGGGAGAAUGUUGCUGUUGUCCCUGGCGGCAGAGCUGGUCUCAUCCGCAUUGCUGCUGUAUUGAACAACGCCUACCUGGGCUUCUUCAUUCCUGAUUACACGGCCUACAAUGAGAUGCUGGGACUCUUCAGAAAUUUUGCGGCUAUUCCCUCGCCUCUAUCUGAAGCAGAUGGCUACCACAUCCACCCAGAAAAGAUUUCUGAGGAGAUUGCGCGUGGUACUUCUGUUAUCUUGACCUCCAACCCUCGCAACCCUACUGGUCAAGUUGUGAAGAAUCCCGAGCUUGCACAGAUCCAAGACUUGUGCCGUGAUCGAGCAACGUUGAUCAUGGACGAAUUCUACGGCGGCUACAAUUACACGAGUAAUUGUGACGGUACCACCGUCAGCGCAGCUGAGAACAUCGUCGACGUGGACGAGGACGACGUCCUCCUAAUCGAUGGCUUAACCAAGCGCUUCCGUCUACCGGGCUGGCGCGUUGCCUGGAUUGUCGGACCCAAAGAAUUCAUCAAGGCCAUCGGGUCUUGCGGCUCAUACCUCGAUGGAGGAACCAACGUGCCUUUCCAAGAAGCUGCGAUCCCGAUGCUCGAGCCCACGAAAGUCCUGAAUGAAAUGAAAGCACUGCAGACACAUUUCCGAAACAAGCGUGACUACGUUCUGGGUAGACUGAACGAUCUCGGGUUCAAGAUCAGGAACAUACCAGACUCGACUUUCUACAUCUGGCUUGACUUGAGCGGACUACCAGCGGGGAUCAAUGAUGGGCUUAAUUUCUUUCAGAAGUGCUUAGAGCAAAAGGUCAUCGUCGUGCCGGGCAUUUUCUUCGAUCUGAACCCUGCUAAGAGAAGGGACUUGUUUGACAGCCCUUGCCACCACUUCAUCCGCCUUUCCUACGGACCGACGAUGGAGACCCUCAAGAAGGGCUUGGACGGAAUCGAGAGAAUCUUGAAGAAUUACGAGGCUACUUACGAAAAAGAGACAUAG